AUGCUUGUGGAUUGGGAUUGGCUAUUUGAAUCUGUUGGAUCCAUUCCAAUGACAGUAUUCGUCGAUGGAGCGUGCGGGCUGCCUAUUUCGCUUCCAAAGAACAAAUGGCUGAUGGGGCUUAGGCAUCCAAAAAAUCCAGAAUGCAGAAUCUUUGCACCACCGGGUGCGCCCUACUCUAAAAUGCAUGCCAAAUUGGCAAUUGUACUGAUGGAAUCCUUCAUUCGCAUAAUGAUCACGUCGGCAAAUUUGGUGCAGGGAGAUUGGGAAGAGCGGUCUAACAUUGCCUAUAUUCAGGAUUUUCCGGCUUCAGAUUCUCCCUGUGGGGGAGACUUUGGCAUUUCUUUAUGUCAGAUUUUGAAAUCAAUGGGAUUGUCUGCAGAGUUACUAGAUCGGAUACAAAAUAAUUACAACUAUGGAAAAGCACUGGUAAUUUUCGAGCUUACUAAACUCCUGAUGAUAGGGCCACCUUAUUGCUUCUAUUCCCGGAUCAUAUUUGGCAAACUCGGAGGCCGAGUCCACUCUUGGCUUGGGACGACUCUCGUAUUUGAGUUCAAAUUUACUUUCUCCCUCGGAAAAGUCGAGUUCGACGAUUUCUCUUGA